AUGGACCACACUUCUCCACAAAAUUCUGAAACUGUUCCCCCAUCGUCCUCCACCCCACCACCACCAACACAGAACAUUGUUAUCCACCAAGACCAUUCCUCUCUUCCUCUGAUUGUUAUGCUUGAUGAAUCAAACUACCCUCUUUGGUCACAACUCAUGGAUAUGAGAAUUGGGGCCCGUAAUAAACCGAACCCAGGUGACCCCUCAUUUGAUUCAUGGAUCACCGACAACAAACGAGUCAAAAGUUGGUUAAUCGACUCCAUGAGCCCUAGCCUGAUGCAACGGUUCAUUCGCUUGGAAACUGCAUGCGAAAUAUGGGAAGCUGCUUCAAAAACGUUCUAUGUUGAUUCUGAUGAGUCAUGUCUUUUUGAUCUUAACCAAAGGUCAUUCACCACAAAGCAACUCGGACGUCCUCUUGCAACCUAUUACAGUGAACUAUUAGCCAUCUUCCAACAAAUUGACCACUGUACAUCUUCAUCUGAGUCUGUUGUUCAUCUUGUUCAGUAG